UCUCCCUCCACAGCGAUAGAGACCCAGAGCACCAGCUCGGAGGAGAUCGUGCCCAGCCCCCCGUCGCCGCCGCCCCCGCCCCGCGUCUACAAGCCCUGCUUCGUGUGCCAGGACAAGUCGUCGGGGUACCACUACGGGGUCAGCGCCUGUGAGGGCUGCAAGGGCUUCUUUCGGAGAAGUAUCCAGAAGAACAUGGUGUACACCUGCCAUCGGGAGAAGAACUGCAUCAUCAACAAGGUCACCCGGAACCGCUGCCAGUACUGCCGGCUGCAGAAGUGCCUGGAAGUGGGCAUGUCCAAGGAGUCGGUGAGGAACGACCGGAACAAGAAGAAGAAGGACGAGAAGAAGCCCGAGUGCGUCGAGAGCUACGUGCUGAGCGCCGACACGGAGCAGAUGAUCGACAGAGUCCGCAAGGCCCACCAGGAGACCUUCCCCUCGCUCUGCCAACUCGGCAAAUACACCACGAGCAACAGCUCGGAGCGCCGUGUCUCUCUGGACGUGGACCUGUGGGACAAGUUCAGCGAGCUGUCCACCAAGUGCAUCAUCAAGACGGUGGAGUUCGCCAAGCAGCUGCCGGGCUUCACCACGCUCACCAUCGCCGACCAGAUCACCCUGCUCAAGGCCGCCUGCCUCGACAUCCUGAUUCUGCGGAUCUGCACGCGCUACACGCCGGAACAGGACACCAUGACCUUCUCGGACGGCCUGACGCUCAACCGGACGCAGAUGCACAACGCCGGCUUCGGCCCGCUCACCGACCUAGUGUUCUCCUUCGCCAACCAGCUGCUCCCCCUGGAGAUGGACGACGCUGAGACGGGGCUCCUCAGCGCCAUCUGUCUGCUGUGUGGAGACCGCCAGGACUUGGAGCAGGCGGACAAGGUGGAUGUCCUGCAGGAGCCGCUGCUGGAGGCCCUGAAGAUCUACGUGAGGAGGAGGAGACCCCACAAACCGCACAUGUUCCCCAAGAUGUUGAUGAAGAUCACCGACCUGAGAAGCAUCAGCGCCAAAGGAGCCGAGCGGGUCAUCACCCUCAAGAUGGAGAUCCCCGGCUCCAUGCCCCCCCUCAUCCAGGAGAUGUUGGAGAACUCGGAGGGUCUGGAGAGCGGGGCCACGGGGGCCCGGUCCAGCGGGGCCCCCCCUGGCAGCUGCAGUCCCAGCCUGUCGCCCAGCUCAGCCCAAAGCAGUCCGGCCACCCAGUCCCCGUAGCGUAGCAGAACCACACCACCACCACAGCCACCACCACCACCACGCGCUGCCCUCUCUCCGCCCGGCCCUCUCCCCCCGGGCCACCGGCCCCGCGCUGGCCCUCUCCUCCCUGGAGGAGGCUGCAUGACGGAGCGGAGAGGCAGGGGCCCGGCUGGGGGAACCGGAGGCUGGCUUGUUGGGUGGAAGGGGGGAAGGCGGAGCGGGCCUCUCUCUAGCUCCAGCCCUGCCCCUGGAACCAGGAUGUGGGUGGGAAGGGGGAGGGCCUUGUUGGAGCGUGGGAGGCGGAUAGACUUCUAAGGGACAAUACUGUAAACACUGCUCCACCUCCUCCUCCGUCUCAUCAUCCUCCUGCCUUCACCCUCGCCUCCUCCACCUCCUCCCCUUUGCUCCAUCCUCUAAAAGACAGAUGGGUCCAGCCGGGACGGUGGGCCAGUGCAUCAGUGUGUUGGUCUGAAAUAGGGGGGGGCGAUGCCAGUAAAGACCUCGCAAGACCACCCGACACCUUCUUGUUGUCGGUCUUGUCCUACUUCAAGGUGAACUAUGGGGCUGGAUCUUGGCCAUGAUGCACCUCCAGCUCUCCCAAUUACCCCGCCCCUAUCCCCCUCCACCCUAGCACCACCACCCCGCCCCCUCCCCUCUAAAAACAAAGACAAAAAGAAAAAGAAACUCUUGGGUCUUUUAUUCCUUUUCCAACUUCAAAACAAAACCUAUUUCGUACAAAAGUUAUAUAAAUAUAUAUAGAAAAAUACUUAAUGAACUAUGGCGACUGACUUGUCCACUAUGGAAUGACAGGAUGAGUAGCAGGAGAGAACAUUGUGGUUUAUUUUGGAGAUUUUAAACUGUUGUUAUUCCUAAACUGUUUUAAUAUUUUCCUACCCAUCGGGCGUGUUGACCGAGGCUCUUCGAUUUCGUUACAUACGAGGAAGGUGUUUGAAGUGAAUGAAAAAAGUUUAAGAUGUUGAAAUGGCUGUCCAAUCCACAUACAAACAUGCAUGUACACACACACAAACACACAGACAAAGACACAGACAGACGCACCAACAAACAAACAUAGGCAGACACACUUUAUUAUGCACAGGAAAUGUGUCCAUUAAUAUCACAUACUAUUCCAGGUUGGGUUGGUUUUUCUAUUGAUCUUAAUUUUGUUUUGCGCUGCAAAGAGAAUGGAGAAAGCAAUGAUUGUAUUAACUUGGUUGUAUCACACGGUCACCUGUCCUUUCAAGAAAUCAAUUUAAUGAAGAUCCUUUAUUAAGGUGUAUUUUAAGUAGCCUAUGAGUUUGUGUAUAUAAGCUGUAUUCAUUUCUUUAAAACUAUGAAGAGUUUAGCUUUCACCUGAUUUACGAAAAAAAAAAAGAAAUACAUUUUAUGUAUUUUUGUCCAUAGGUUUGUGAUUCAAGAAAAGACUUAUCGAGCACAUUUUACUGAAGGAAAUGCAUCCGUGUUUUUUGUCCUACUAGAAACCGGGCAGGCCGAGUUUUGCAAAUUUCAGCAACUGCCUCAUCUUAUUUUAUAUCCCCCACCACCACCACCACCACCACCCUCACACUGCGAACAAGACCCCACCUUUUUAAAUAUAGUUUUUGAAGGAGCUCUCCAAUCAGGGAAUAGCUUAUUUUUUUGCCGUGCAACUGACAGGAGAUGGUUCAACCCAUUGGCCAGCAGACGGGGGGGUAACUCAACGCAAAAGCAGCAUACUCCCCCCAAGACGGUUGUGCCGUGAAGGAUUGGGACUCGCACACACUUUGGCAGAAACACAUUGUGUGUGUGUGAUCGUGUGUGUGUCUGGGGGAGGGGGCCUGAACAUGGGACUUCUGACUGAAAAUUAACAUGUGCCCGUUGACCUUUUUGAAUCUAACGGGACCUCACUCUGGUGAUUCUCUUCUCACGCCAAAACGCCUUCACUUCACCAACCAUCUCGUUGAGACCGUCGUACCUGUACACCACUACACCCACACACACAUCUGCGCACAAACAUACACACACGCGCACAAACAUACACACACGCACCAAUGUCUCAGGAAGGAAUCAUUAAUUUGUGUGCUUGGCCUGUUCUUUGUAAAUGUUAUCCAGUGCUACAAUCCUUGCCCUCCCAUGACACACACACACACACACACACACACACACACACACACACACACACACACACACACACACACACACACACACACACACACACACACACACACACACACACACACACACACACACACACCUCUGCUACUGAGCCCCUGAAUUCGUUGAUCACUCACUUUAUGUUUGGCCUGGUUGCCCAGGACUAUCUUUUUUUUUUUCUUUUUUCAGAGACAAGCAUUUUGUUUCCGACAUAGGAUGCCAGUGUGGAAUCUGUUUGACUCGUUUCUGUGUAUGUUCAUUACUGUCAAAGCUGCUUUCUUCAAUCAGGACUUCAACCACGUCCAGAACAGCACAGCCUCGCUCGCCGCCGCCGCCGCUUAUCUGAAAUGGCAACAAAAUGCACCCUCAGUUUUUGAAAAUUAUGGAAUAUGUUGCGAUUUUGUGUCAUGCUUAACAGGUGACUUUGAAAAGAAAAGAGAAAAAACAAACAAAAAAAACAUAAAAUCGACAUUUAAUAACAAUUGUUUGUGUGGUGUGUUUUCUUAAUCUUUGCUGCUUUCUAUCACUUAUACUACCACUUAACAUAUAGUUUUAUGCACCUUAUCAAUAUACUGUCAGUGGGUAAUGACUGCAUACAUGGAGAAAAACCCGUGACAGGUGUCAUAAACUAGUUGUAUGCAAUAGAGCCAGAAUCAUGGCUAUAGAAAAAACGAAUUAUAAAUGAAAAAGUUCGAGAAUACUAGAAUAUUGAUCAAGAUACUCGUAGUUUACCCAAUACUGUAAUUGUUUAGAUCAGAACAAUUUAUAUACACUAUCUUAUUAAAUGAGAAAAUAACCAUCUCGGCUGGGGGAGAUAACUCGACGUAGGUAUGGUCAGAUAAAAAACAAGUUAAUCUUAGUUUAUAAAUUCACACGGUUAACGUUAUUUAUGAAACCGAUGCGAACAGACUACAAACGAGUACACGCGUAGUAGAAAACGAACCGGUUCUACCUUUG